AUGGCACCAGGCAUCUUAGAGCCCUCGGCCUCUGCGGUCGCCGCCAAUAAGUCCGGCGCGCUGGCCCAGUUAACGGAAGACUGGGACGAUACCAUUCGUUUCUACCUCAAUGGCACCAAGGUCAUCCUAGACUCGGUCGAUCCUGAAAUCACUCUCUUAGAAUAUCUUCGAGGGAUAGGGUUGACGGGGACCAAGCUCGGAUGCGCAGAGGGAGGUUGCGGGGCUUGUACCGUGGUGAUCUCGCACAUGAACCCGACGACUAAGAAGCUCUACCAUGCCUCAGUCAACGCCUGUAUUGCGCCUCUGAUUAGCGUGGAUGGCAAGCAUGUCAUCACGGUUGAAGGAAUUGGGAAUGUGAAGAACCCUCAUGCGGUCCAGCAACGGAUUGCAGUGGGCAACGGAAGCCAGUGUGGCUUCUGUACCCCGGGAAUUGUGAUGAGCCUCUAUGCACUCCUCCGGAACACCCCCGAACCCACUGCCCACGCGGUAGAAGAAGCAUUCGAUGGGAAUCUCUGCCGUUGCACUGGAUACAGGCCUAUCUUGGAUGCUGCGCAGAGUUUCACCCCCAAGACCAACGGAUGUCCGAAAGCCACGACCAACGGAGGCGGUGGUUGCUGUAUGGACAAGCAGAACGGCUCGAAAGGAUGCUGCAAGGAGUUCUUGGACGACACGUCCACCCCUAACGGUGCUCCUAAGUUCACGCCCCCCGAAUUCAUCAAGUAUAAUCCCGACACCGAAUUAAUUUUCCCGCCUCUACUCCGGAAGCAUGAAUUCCGACCGUUGGCACUGGGCAAUAAGAGAAAGAAAUGGUACCGACCGGUCACUUUGCAGCAGCUCCUGGAGAUCAAGCAUGUUCACCCAGAGGCGAAGAUCAUCGGUGGAAGCACCGAGACGCAGAUUGAAAUCAAGUUCAAGGCCCUCCAGUACCGGAACUCCGUUUACGUAGGCGACGUCCCCGAACUGCAUCAAUACUCCUGGCACGAUGAUCUCCUGGAACUUGGGGCCAAUGUCUCUCUCACCGACCUGGAGGCGAUCUGUGAUGAAGCCCUGCAGCGAUUCGGACCGGUGCGUGGCCAGAAUUUCACAGCGAUCAAGAAGCAGCUUCGGUACUUUGCUGGGCGACAGAUCAGAAAUGUGGCAUCCCCAGCUGGAAACUUGGCCACGGCAUCCCCGAUCUCCGAUCUAAAUCCUGUCUUCGUGGCUACCAACACCGUCCUUGUCGCCAAAACACUGGAUGAGGAAAUCGAGAUUCCCAUGGGCCAGUUCUUCAAAGGCUAUCGAAGCACGGCAUUACCCCCCAACGCCGUGAUCGUAAGCUUGCGGAUUCCAGCCACGUCGGAGAAGGGUGAAUACAUGCGAGCCUACAAGCAGUCGAAACGAAAGGACGAUGAUAUUGCGAUCGUGAAUGCUGCUCUGCGCGUGUCCCUCUCACCCUCGCACGAGGUGACGAGCGUGAACCUCGUUUUUGGCGGGCUUGCACCGAUGACGGUGUCUGCGCGGAACGCGGAGGCGUUCUUGGUCGGCAAGCCACUACCACAUCCAGCCACCCUGGAGGGCACGAUGAGUGCGUUGGAGAAAGAUUUCGACCUGAAAUUCGGGGUUCCCGGUGGCAUGGCGACGUACCGCAAGUCGCUUGCCCUAGGGUUCUUCUACCGAUUCUAUCACGACGUUUUGUCGAGCCUGGAAGUCAAAGAGACGGAUGUCGACGGGGAUGUUAUCGCGGAGAUCGAACGGGCGAUCUCGUCGGGCGAGAAGGACCAUGAGGCUUCAGCCGCGUACCAGCAGCGGGUCCUGGGAAAGGCUGGUCCUCAUGUGUCGGCACUGAAACAGGCCACUGGAGAGGCUCAAUAUACCGAUGAUAUACCGGUGCUGCAGAAUGAGAAAUUCGGCUGUAUGGUCCUCUCGACCAAGGCGCACGCCAAAAUUCUCAGCGUCGACCCCACGCUGGCGCUGGAGAUCCCCGGCGUCUAUGACUAUGUGGAUCAUACAGACCUCCCCAACCCGCAAGCCAACUGGUGGGGAGCUCCCAAAUGCGACGAGCUGUUCUUUGCAGUCGACAAGGUUACCACGGCUGGCCAGCCCAUUGGUAUGAUCCUUGCGAACUCGGCCAAAAUCGCCGAAGAGGCCGCGAGGGCUGUCAAGAUUGAAUAUGAGGAAUUGCCAGCCAUCCUUACCAUUGAGGAGGCCAUUGAGGCGCAAUCGUUCUUUGACCAUUUCCGCUUCAUCAAGAGAGGUGACACGGAGAGCGCCUUUGAGCGAGCGGAUCAUGUUUUCACCGGCGUGUCUCGAAUGGGUGGUCAGGAGCACUUCUACCUGGAAACCCAGGCAUGCGUUGCCAUUCCCAAGCCGGAGGAUGGCGAGAUGGAGAUCUGGAGUGGCACGCAGAACCCUACCGAAACACAGACGUAUGUAGCUCAGGUCACGGGUGUGGCAGCUAACAAGAUCGUGUCUCGAGUUAAGCGUCUUGGUGGAGGGUUUGGUGGCAAAGAGAGCCGAUCGGUUCAGCUGGCCGGUAUCUGUGCCACGGCCGCAGCAAAAGUGAGGUAUCCAGUCCGGUGUAUGCUCAACCGGGACGAAGACAUUGCAACCUCGGGCCAGCGACAUCCAUUCCUGUGCCACUGGAAAGUUGCGGUGACCAAGGAAGGAAAAAUCCUGGCCUUGGAUGCUGAUGUCUAUUCCAAUGGUGGUCACACGCAAGACCUCUCGGCAGCCGUGGUGGAAAGAAGUUUAUCCCACAUCGAUGGGGUGUAUAAUAUUCCCAAUGUUCAUGUCCGUGGCCGGAUCUGCAGGACCAAUACCGUCUCCAACACCGCAUUCCGCGGGUUUGGAGGUCCUCAGGGGUUGUUCUUUGCUGAGUGCUACGUCUCCGAGAUUGCGGACCAUCUGAACAUCCCCGUCGAAAAAGUCCGCAUGGACAACAUGUAUCAACCGGGAGACACCACUCAUUUCAACCAGGAGCUAAAGGACUGGCAUGUCCCGUUAAUGUACCAGCAAGUCUUGGAGGAAAGUUCGUACGAGCAACGGCGGAAAGCCGUGGAGGAAUACAACCAACAGCACAAAUGGACCAAGCGUGGAAUGGCAAUUAUCCCUACCAAAUUUGGAAUUUCCUUCACAGCCCUGUUCCUCAACCAGGCGGGCGCAUUGGUCCAUAUCUACCACGACGGAAGUGUUCUUGUCGCCCAUGGCGGAGUCGAAAUGGGCCAAGGGUUGCACACGAAAAUAACGAUGAUCGCGGCCGAGGCUCUGGGGGUUCCUCAGUCCGAAGUGUUUAUUUCGGAGACGGCCACGAACACGGUGGCCAACACGUCUGCGACCGCGGCCUCAGCUAGCUCUGACCUCAAUGGCUAUGCCGUUUUCAAUGCAUGUGAGCAGCUCAACGAGCGGCUGAAACCGUACCGGGAGAAGAUGCCCGGUGCUCCUCUGAAGGACAUCGCCCAUGCGGCCUACUUCAACCGCGUCAACCUCUCAGCCCAGGGUUACUACCGCACCCCGGAUAUUGGCUACGUCUGGGGCGAGAAUUCGGGCCAGAUGUUCUUCUACUUCACGCAGGGCGUCACCGCCGCUGAGGUUGAAAUCGACACCCUCACCGGCGACUGGACGCCUCUGCGGGCAGACAUCAAGAUGGAUAUCGGGCGUACGAUCAACCCGUCCAUCGACUAUGGACAGAUCGAGGGAGCCUACGUUCAAGGACAGGGACUUUUCACCACAGAGGAAAGUCUCUGGCAUCGAGCCUCGGGGCAGAUCUUCACCAAGGGGCCAGGAAAUUACAAGAUCCCCGGGUUCCGCGACAUCCCUCAGGUUUUCAACGUCAGUAUCCUAAAGGACGUGGAAUGGGAGAACCUUCGCACGAUCCAACGCUCCCGUGGUGUUGGGGAGCCUCCACUGUUCAUGGGCAGCGCUGUCUUCUUUGCCAUCCGUGAUGCGCUAAAAGCAGCGCGGAAGCAAUGGAACGUUCACGAAGUGCUCAGCUUGCAGAGUCCCGCGACUCCCGAGCGCAUCCGGGUCAGCUGUGCUGAUCCUAUUAUUGAACGGGUGCGAGUGCAACCUCAGGCAGGAGAGAAGAGUUUUUUCGUGGAGAUAUAA